AUGAGCGUUGCCACCAAUUCGGGAGUCAAUGGAUCGGAUGUGAUCUCUGCACUCCAUCUCUCUCAGCAGGCCCCGGCGAUUCUGGGCUACGGUUCCGGGUCAAAUGCCAAAGCCAAACGCGCAGCUGGUACCGCCGAAGACUAUGGCCAAAUUGAAAAACUCCUAUUAGCAUGUCUUCGGACAGGCGAUGAUGCAUCCGCCCUGGCGUGUUUGGAUCGCCUAAGCCACCGGUUCGGCCCGUCAAAUGAACGAGUGAUGGGUCUGCGUGGCCUGUAUCAGGAAGCAGUUGCUAAGGACCGCCCGGCUCUGGAGAAAUGCUUGGAAGACUAUGAAAGGAUUCUUUUGGAAACACCCGUUAAUAUGCCGAUCAUGAAGCGUCGAGCCGCGCUGCUGCGCUCUCUCAACCGACCGUCCGAUGCAAUCGCCUCCCUGGUUCAGCUACUUGAUGCCGUUCCCACCGAUGCGGAAGCGUGGUGUGAACUUGCCGAUUUAUAUCAAUCGCAGGGCCUUGGCUCCCAGGCAGUCUUCAGCCUCGAAGAGGCUCUGUUGAUUGCCCCAAAUGCCUGGAAUAUUCACGCACGACUCGGAGAGCUUCUUUAUACCUGUGCAUUUUCUUCCGAUGACGAUGUGCCCCGGCUUGCAGGCAAGUCGGUACAACAUUUCUGCCGGAGUGUUGAGCUCUGCGACGAUUACCUACGCGGAUUUUAUGGAUUAGCCUCAGUAACCUCCCGGAUGUUGGAAAAUCAGAAUGUCGCCGAGAGUUCCUCGCCGUCGGCCGCUCCGUCCAGAAAAACUCUUACUCAGCUGAAAGACUUUGCUCUUCAGAAGCUGGAAGAGAUCAUCAAAACAAGGUCGGUGGAUGAUCAACAUUGGGCAUCCAACCGAAGUGAAGUUAUUGCCGCCAGAGAGUUGUUGAAUCGCCUGACGGCACCCAAAUAA